AGUGCCAGCCUGAUUCCAGUACUCCAAAGAGAGUUGCAAAUGCUUGAUGGAGACCCAGACAACCACAGAGUUUCCUUGAAGAACCUGGAAGCUUAUGCCAAAGACCUGGAUCCUCAGAUGAUACCUGGCUUUAUUGCUACAGUCUCCGAAGCAAUUGAUGUUAGUGAUUCAUGUGAAGAUAAUGCCAUAUUGGUGUUUGAAAUGCUCGCAAGAUUGCAUGGUCAAAAAAUCACCCCAAACAUUGGAAAAAUUAUGUCUGUUAUAUUGAGGACCUUGUCUUCAUGUGUGGAAUCAUUCGAAUCUUGCUCUAAAGUGGUUUCUGCAAUGGCACUUUAUGGGAUUGAUCCUUGGGCUCCAGAUAGAGAGAAUAUGCAGAUAAUUCAGUCCCUUUGCAAGCCCCUCUCUGAUGCAUUGAUGAGUUUUGAAGGAAAUACUUCCUCAGGUGCUGCUGUAUGCUUGAAUGGUCUUGUUAAUUUGGAUGUUUGGCGAUUUGCAUCUAAUGAAAUUGUGAAUGAAGUCUGUUUAAAAGUAACUGGGGCGCUUGAGAAGGUUCCAACUCAAACAAACUCCCACAUUGGUUUAGUGAUGGCCCUGGCAAAGCAUAACGCUUGGGUACUUGAGGCUUAUGUAAGGUCUAUCAUAAGGUCCGGCUUCAAGAUUCUGUCCAGCCGUUUUGAAGAUAAUACUUCUCAAAAAUGUCUUUCAGUAAUUCGAAUGAUUGAUUUCUUAAUGAAGUGUGUUGAUGCAAGAAGCUUCUUCUCCGAGAUUGAAAGCAUCAUUGAAUUCAUGGAAAAGUGCCAAUAUGAUCAGUUCCCUUGUGUUCAAGAUGCAGCUUUUGAGGCAUUGCAAACUGCAAAAAUCAUUGCAGCUCCGAGAGGGCUCCGAAAUAAGCUAGAUUCAGAUCCAAUAACAGUUACAGAUUUGCAUGGGGAAUGUGAAGAGAAGGCAUCAUGGACUGCUGCAGAAUAUGGAUUUUUCAAUCAUGUUUCUUCUGAACCGCCUUCUCAUGAUUUGCAGCCUCUCAUUUAUGACAGUUUUGUUUGUUCAGCCAUGUCAAGUGGACGGUCAUCCUGUAAUAUUCAAGGUAUGAGGCAUGCUGAUAAGACAACGGGGAAUACUAAUAUUGAUAGCAAGAAUGGAACAGAGAAAGAUGGGCUCUUUGAAAAGGUCGAUUUGUAUGGAAACACUUCAAUGGUUUAUUUUGAGCAUUGUAGGAACUGUGAGCUAAAUGAAGAAAGUCCAGGUUACAAAACAUCAAUCCAAUCUUCGAAUCUCAAUUCCACAAAUCUGUUAGCUGAAUCUUCUUGCACUAAUACAAAGAGAUCUUUUUCUAUUGGUGAUGUGAGGAUGACCUCAACCUCUAGAAGAUUAAUUCCCUCCCGUCACAGCUGUAGCAACUCUACUGUUAAAAACCUUGAUAGGCCAGAUUUUUACACGCUUCGAUGCCAAUCUUCCAGAGAUGAGGAUUAUAUACUACCAAAUCAGAUUGAUUAUAGUAACCUGUUACAUCGGAGGGAAAAUUCUGACUACCUAAAGAUGAGCAAGGAACAUCAGAUUCAAGAUGGGCUUCUGAGAGGUCUUGAAUUACCAUCAUAUGAUAGCAGUGCCUUGGCAUCAAAUUCUAUGCAAGCUUGCAUCAGGAGAGGCCUUAAAGAAGGUGAAAAUAAGCAAACUCUGAAGAAUCUGAGGAAGAUCAUUGUAAUUAAAGCUCCACUUGGUCAAAUUUGUAGCAUUUCCAUGAUUUUCCUUGUCAUUUUCUUGCUGUUUAGGUUGAUCGCCAAUGAUGAGGUUUUGUUUGAUGUGCUUCCAACUUAAUGCAUUCUUUUGAUUCUCUGUUGCCAUACUCCCUAUACAUUGUUGUUUGUUAAA